AUGUCGCUGAGCCGCAGCCGCUCCAGCUCCGACAUCGCGCCGGGCCCGGCUCCCACUUCCUCCCCGCCGUGGCGUUUUGAAGCCGCUGCCGGUGCUGACGCAGGGCCCGAGGGCGCCGCGGUGUCCCCGUGCCCCCCGAGGGGACACCCCGCCCUGCCAGCGACAAGUUGGGGACCGGCGGGGAGGAAGGCGCGGGGCCCCGGCCGUGGUGGGGACAGCACCGGGCUGGCGGCGAGGGCAGCGGGGAAGGAUUUCCAGGGCGCGAUGGCUCAGGACAUGACCGAGAAGGAGCUGCUGAAGAUGGAGCUGGACCAGCUGAAGAAGGAGGUGAAGAACGAGAGGCAGAUGGUCUCCAAGACGGGCAAGGAGAUCAAGGAUUACAUCGAGUCCAUGGCGGGCGAGGACCCGCUGCUCAAGGGCGUGCCCGAGGACAAGAACCCCUUCAAGGAGAAGGGCGGCUGCACCAUCAGCUGAGACCCCCGGCACUCUCGGCUGCCCCCAGACCACAACCCAACCCCGGCGCAGAGGAAGGGCAGAAAAAGAAGAAAAAGGGAAAAAAAAGCAUGAAAAAAAAAAACCCCAACCCCAAGCGCCACCCCCGCUGCCGCAGCUGAGCUUUGGUUUCCCACCGGCCCCAAAAAAACCCCAAAUUUCUGCAUUUUCAGCAGCCUGAGUGGGCGGGGGAUGGGGGGAGCACCGAGCUCGGCUUUGUCCUUUAUCCCCAAAAUGCCAGAGCUGCAUUUCCCUCUGGAAAACCCCUGGGAAAUCAGCGCGGGGACGUUCCCGCCGCUCCCUUUGGGGAUUUUUUGGGGGUUUUUAUCCCAUUUAAUCUCGGGGAAAACUCUCCCCAAACCAGCCCGAGAUCAUCGAUCCCAAACGAGAGGCAGCAAUAAUUUGAAUUUUGGAGUCCCUCGGGGCGCUGUGCACAGCCCUCUCCCACUCCUCCCCUUCUCCCAGCCCGGUGAAAUCCCAGGAAAUCCCUCUGGAUCCCAGGAAAUCCCUCUGGAGCCCAAGGAAAUCCCUCUGGAUCCCACCCAGAGUGAUUUUCC